AAACACCAACAUAAAACUUAGUUUGCAGCCAACAAACCUUCGGAGACUGGAGAUUUCACAGGAAUGGAGGACGUCGAUAGAUGUGAGGAGGAGCUCAUUGAGUAUGCCAUUCGAGAGAGUAUUCGAGAUUCAUCAAUAGACAGCAUACAAACAGUCAGUGGUGACUAUCUGAGGAUAGUGACUACCAUCGAGCAAGGUAGGACUACCCCUCACCGACCAUGCCUUUCAAACUGCCCUAGCCCAACCCUUGCCCUUAAGCCAGCGUUCACAGAGAGGGACAGCAGAGGGUGGCUUCCCCUACACAGAGCAGCCGUGCCGUCCCAGGAACAGGUCUUGGAUCAGCUCCUGCUGACUUCCUGUGAUGUGACUGUGGAGGAUGUGACUGCAGACGGGGACACAGCGUUGAUUCUGGCUGCUCAAGAGGGUCUGCUGGAGAAUGUCAGGACUCUGCUGCAGCAUGGAGCGUCUCCACACAAAACCAACAGCCUGAACGAGUCCCCACUGCUGCUCGCGGUGAGACAGGGAUCAUAUGACAUGGUGUCCACUCUGAUCAUUUGUGGGGCCUUCGUGGAACAGGUGUGUCUGAAGAAGUGGAUGGCCAUUCACGAGGCAGCAAAGGUGAGCUGCAGUGCCAUCCUGGUGCUUCUGCUAAGACAUGGGGCCAAGGUGACAGCUAUAGAUGGGCAAAAUGUCACCCCGCUGGGCAUCGCAGCCCAGUACGCCCACGCCGAGGUCCUAGAUAUACUCAUACAGAAUGGUGGCGACGUGAAUGCCCAGGCAUAUAACGGAGACACUGUUCUGUACGAUGCAGCCGGCUCAGGGAACCUGGACUGCAUAGACCUCCUCCUUCAAGCUGGAGCCAACCCUAACAUAGCCAGUCUGGCCUGCCAGCUGCCCAUACACAGAGCUGCCUAUGAGGGACACAUCCUUGCUCUGAGGACCUUCAUCCCCAUCACCACUAAGAGAGCCAUCCGUCUGUCUGGCCAGAGCCCAGUCCACUCUGCAGCAGAUGGCGGCCAUAUUGACUGUCUGGAGCUGCUCAUAGAGAAAGGCUUCGAUGUCAACGCUCAGCUGGACACACACAUCUCAGGUACAAUCCAUGGACACACACAAACCAGUCCGCUCUACUUCGCCGUAUCAAACAGUGAUGUCACCUGCACAGAGAUGCUGCUGGCUGCCGGUGCCAAAACUGACCUGGACCCGUUACGCUGCUUCCUGGUGGCUGUACGCGCUGGGAGGUAUGAGCUGGUGCGUCUGCUAUUGUCCAGUGGUGCCAAGGUCAACUGCUACUUCAGAAUGAUCAGUGACACAGUGUUUCCCACCGCGUUGCAGUACUGUCUCAGAGAUCACAUGAUGCUGCGCCUGCUGCUCAACAACGGCUACGACGUAGACAAGUGCUUCCUGUGUAACCAUGGCAACGGACAGGAUAUGGACUGCGACUCCUGGGUCGAUUACCAACAUAACUAUAGAAUAACUUUAUUUUAUAACCAGGACUACAGAGCCUCGAUAAGUCCUGUAGGCCAACUCCUGGUCUAUUCCAGUAGACCAGGACUAAUACCUUUUCCUUCUGAUGUCAGUCUCGCUGUCCUGUUCGCUCUCUGCUCCAGUUCUGUAAAAUCAUCUCCCUGUCGUCGGAGUGUGGUACAGAUGCUUCUGGACUACGUCAGACACCCAUGUAUCUGCCCCAACCUCCUACGGGUCCUGGAGAAACAGAAGGAGUGGCCAGACAUCUGUGACAUUCUGGACAACCCGCGGUCCCUGCAGCACCAGUGUCGUUUGGUCAUUAGGAGACAGAUGACCCCUAGGAGACUGAAUGACCCUGAAGUCAUGGCUGCAGGUCAGGACUAAAAAUAACUCUCUGAGAGCUCAUUCAGUUUAUACGUAGGGCUAAACACUCACUGGACACUGGCCUGAAUGACUCUGCUGCAAUGGACUGUUGACUUUUACAGUGACCCUGACACCUACCUGACUCAUAAGACCAGGGCUUAAAUCUAGAGAGAUCUAGACAACAGCUCAUCCAUAUUAUACUCUCAAAGUUGUGUGAGUUAGUUGUGGAGCUCUAAAUCUGAGAAUGUGUUGUCACUAGCCCCGUUUAUACCUGGUGCUAACAUGCAUUCUUUGUGCUGAUCUUUUCCACAUUCUGAUUGUGCCCACAUUUUUCUGAUUCUGAUCAGAUUUCCCUGACCACCUCCAGAGGUAGUCAGGCGCGCAAGUGUAGACAGAUCUGGACAGUGAAACCAUUUAAAUCAUCAUUCUCAGCACUCUAAAAUCAUUGACAAGUGGGAACAUUGACUUAUGGCAUCAAUAUGAGUCUUAAAACAAAUAAAUACAUAUUAUUUUGAAAGAAUGUGUAUACGAAUGUCUAAAAAUGUCAAUGUUGACAAGAUCAGGACAGGAUGCAUGUUUGCACCAGGUAUAAACAAGGCUACUGAGAACAGAGGGGUAUACUACAAAGCAGAAUCCAGCUAACCAGCUAACUUUCAUAAACAACCUGAAAUAACUAUUGAUUUUCUGGUUUAUUAUGCAAGCUAAACUUAGAUAUUGUAAGUGUUUUGGGUUUUUGAAUCAAUUAGACCAUGCCCAUUUCAAAAAAUAACAAAUAAAAAAAAGUUAUUUCAGAAUAUUUAGGAGUUAGCUGGCUAACUCAAUGAUCCUGCUUUGUAGUAUACCUCUCAUCUCAACUCUCCCUGGCACACAGAGAGGGUAUGAGGCAGAUCUUGCAACAUUCCCAAAAUAGAUGUUAGGAUUUCGGCUGUUUUUCCAAAGCAGAAUCGAGUAACCCUAAAACACUACUGGGUGGCAAUGUUACAAUCCGCAUCCACGCACAUUACUAUAGUCCUAUACACUGUACCCAAUUUGUAAGUCGCUCUGGAUAAGAGCGUCUGCUAAAUGACUUAAAUGUAAUGUAAAUGUAUCCUCCACUCCAACCAAGCCUUGGGCCUUUACAGUAGCUGAACAAUUUCUGUAUUCAGAUCAUAUAGUGAAACCCCAGUUAACUGACUGAACCAAACAUGGGUUCUGUUGUUGUGAAGGCACAGCUAGACUAGAGUAGCAUGGUCCAAUGUAGAGUUAUGUUGAGAGAGUUCUAGCGUUGCCAGCCUGUUGUUGUUAUCUGAACAGCAGCAUUCCUGCCCUGUCAGCACCAGCCUGCCGCCCGGAGAGACACAGUGGAGUGGACACUGUUUUCCUACCCACUAGUCAUACCAUAGACCAGGGCUCUCCAACCCUGUUCCUGGAGAGCUACCCUCCUGUAGGUUUUUGCACUAAUGCCAGUUGUAGUUGAGUUUAUCAACCAGCUAAUUAUUAGAAUCAUGUGCGCUAGAUUUGGUAUUUGGUAUUUUAUUAGGAUCCCCAUUAGCUGUUGCGAAAGCAGCUGCUACUCUUCCUGGGGUCCACACAAAACAUGAAACCUGACAUAACACAGAACAUUAAUAAACAGCUCAAGGACAGAACUACAUACAUUUAAAAAUGGCACACAUACUGUAGCCUAUAUAUCAAUACAUACACACAAAAUAUCUAGGUCAAAUAGGGGAGAGGCAUUGUGCAGUGAAGUGUUGCUGUAUCUUAUUUUUUCUUAAUUUGAGCAAUAUGAGAUGGGAGUUCCAUGGAAGCACAUUGACUUGGUACAGGGAACCCCUGU